AUGGAUCGACUGCUGGUGCUGUUGAUGUUGCUGUGGAGCUCAGAGUGUGAGGACAUCAGGUUAGCGGAAGGUGACGGCCGCUGUGCAGGUACACUGGAGCUGAAACGGGGAGAAUGGACCAAAGUGGAUAUCCGAGACUGGACUCUGAAAGAAGCAGCUGUUUUCUGUCAACAUCUAGACUGUGGCUCUGUUAUUUCUUUAUUAAAUAGAAAGCUGUCUUCAAAAACUGUUGCGUGGUAUGUCAACCAUGACUGUGGUCAGUCUGGUUUUCCUCUGAGUGACUGUGGAAGAUAUGAACACACAUUUUACGCACAGUAUCUCAUCUGCUCAGACUCUGUCAGGCUGCUCAAUGGGUCCACUAUAUCUUCAGGUAGACUGGAGGUUAGAUCUAACCACCAGUGGUCCUCAGUGUGUGAAACUGAUUUUGACCAGCAGGAUGCUGAGGUGGUCUGCAGGGAGCUUGGCUAUGGAGCUCCUUUGAUCAUCCAGGGAGCAUUCUUUGGAGAAGCACCGGCUCCGAUUUGGACCAAAGAGUUCCAGUGUGCAGGCAAUGAGUCUGGUCUCCUGGAGUGUAAAAGCUCAGACUCAGCUGGAAACACCUGCUCACCCGAUAGAGCUGUUGGACUCGCCUGCUUAGAGUCUGAUGAUAUCAGGUUGACGGGAGGAGACAGUCACUGUGCAGGUACCCUGGAGCUGAAACAAGGAGACUGGAGACCAGUGGAUGGCCAAAACUGGACCCUGGAGGCAGCAGCUGCUUUCUGUUUACAUCUGGACUGUGGCGCUGCUGUUUCUGUAGGAGAGAGAAGGGAGUCCUCCAACAGAACUGUGUGGAGGAUUAUAUCUGACUGUGUUCACUCUGGAUCACCUUUUAGGGAGUGCAUUACUUUAGGAUCCUCUUCCCUUCUCCUUAAUCUCAUCUGCUCAGACUCUGUCAGGCUGCUCGGUGGGAACAGUCUUUGCUCUGGUAGACUGGAGGUGAAGUCUAGCCAGCCUAACCACCAGUGGUCCUCAGUGUGCGAAGCUGGCUUUGACUGGCAGGAUGCUGAGGUGGUCUGCAGGGAGCUUGGCUGUGGGCUUCCUACUGUCUUCCAGGGGGUGCUCUUUGGAGGAGUGGAGGCUCUGAUUGGGACCAAAGAGUUCCAGUGUGCAGGCAAUGAGUCUGGUCUCCUGGAGUGUAAAAGCUCAGACACAGCUGGAAACACCUGUUCAUCUGGCAGAGCUGUUGGACUCUUCUGCUCAGGGUCCUUCAGGUUGGUUGGAGAAGCUAGUCUCUGUACAGGUACCCUGGAGCUGAAACAUCUGGAUGAUUGGAGACCAGUGGAAGCCUCUGCAUGGACCCUGAAGGCAGCAGCUGUUUUCUGUAAAUAUUUGCACUGUGGCUCUGCUAUUUCUUUACAACGGAGAGUGGCGUCCUCAUCAAGAUAUUUGUGGCGUGUCAGUCCUCACUGUUUUCGACAUGGAAAUGAAAAGACAAAAUGUAUAACAUCAACUUACUCUUUCUUCAUCCUGUAUCUCACAUGCUCAGACUCCAUCAGGCUGCUGAAUGGGAAAAGUCUGUGUUCAGGUAGACUGGAGGUCAGGUCCAACCAGUCUAACCACCAGUGGUCCUCAGUGUGUGAAGAUGAUUUUGACCGGCAUGAUGCUGAGGUGGUCUGCAGGGAGCUUAGCUGUGGAGCUCCUUUGACCUUCCAGGGGGCACUCUUUGGAAAAGCGGCGGCUCCGAUUCAGAAGAAAGAAUUCCAGUGUGCAGGCAAUGAGUCUGGUCUCCUGGAGUGUAAAAGCUCAGACUCAGGGGGAAACACCUGCUCACCUGAUAGAGCUGGUGGACUCAUCUGCUCAGAGCCUGUCAGGUUGGUGGGAGGAGACAGUCGCUGUGCAGGUACCCUGGAGCUGAAAGAUGCUGGAGUCUGGAGACCAGUGGAUGCCUCUGGAUGGACCUUGGAGGCAGUAGGGCCUGUCUGUCUACAUUUGGGCUGUGGCCCUGCUGUUUCUGUAGGAGAAAGAAGGGAGUUCUCCGACAAACCUGCAUGGUUGAUUGAACGUUACUGUGAUCUGUCUGGACUUGAUUUGAGGGAGUGCAUAACAUACUGGCACUCUUCCUCUGCUGUGAAUCUCGUCUGCUUUGAAAUACAGGUUCAGCCAAAUAUCUCUGUGUCUUCUUCCAUGGACGGGGUCUCCCAGGUCCAGCAGCGGAGGUUUCAGGUGUCCAGGAGCUCCAAAUUAACCAUCACCUGCUCCAUUCAGCCACAGUUAUCUGGAGGGUUCUUUCAGCUCAUCUUCACUUCCUCCAACACGGCAUUCAGCUACUCCCGGCCAGCUGUCAAUCACUUGGCACGUUUUGUGUUUCCUGCUGCAAAUCCCGCCCACCAAGGAAACUACAGCUGCGUUUAUCACUUGUUGUCCCAUAGCUUCUCCUCUCAGAGCUGUCUGCUGUCUGUCACCUCCUCAAACCCAACAGCUCUUAUCAUCAGAUGGGUUGUCGUGCCGCUGACUCUGCUGAUGGUGAACAUUGCCCUUUAUUUCUACCGUAAGGCCACCAGGGGGCAGAGGCCGAGCAGGCAGCAGAACAUGGAGCUGGUUGUCUGCACCCUUUAUGUUUCUGCAGCAGAAGAAAGGCCUGAUGAAGAGGGAGAAGCCCAGGCAGCAGAGCAGGACCUCCAUGGAACCCACCUCAUAUCGCCAUGAAUGACUCACAUUCAGCAAUCACCCCAGAUUUUGCAUUUUCAUUCUGAAGAUCACUUUAUACAAUAAGGAUAAAAUGAUUCUGUAGCUUUCUUAUUCUAACCAUAUAUUGGUAGCAGUGUUGUUAAAUAGAGAGUUGUGACAGAGGAGGUCCAAAAUGCUUGAUAUUCAUGUGAUACAUCAGGUACAUCCCUGAAGUAAUCAGUGGAUAAUUUGAAUCUUUUGGUAAUUAGUCGUCAUAAAAAUGAAUUGACUUACAGUGUUUAUAAAUCACAUCGACAUGUGCAUGUAGCAAAUUACAUCAAUGUUUUUAACAAGUGAAUUCUGCCAGUGUCAGAGGAUUACUGUAAUCAGCUGGUGUCACCUGCCUUGUGACUAAUUUUAAGCGAACAUUAACAGGGUUCAAGAGAAAACUGCUUUUUAUUGCUUGUGUGGCAGUCGAAAGCAAUCACAUGUUAAUGUUUAGUGAUACACUGAGAGAGAGGUGAAAAGUGGAAAAGUGUUCUAAAUUUUAAAUUUGGUCCAUUUUUUUACGCAACAUUUAUUGUGGUUUGAGUGAUUCCAAAGGCCUAAGUAUUGUAAUCUCAAUGAUGUGAGGACUACUGUAAUGUUAAGGACUGUCAGUGGAUCAAUGGACCAGCAGAAGCAGUAUGGUAAAUAGGAUGUCCCAGGAAACUCAUUGCAAAUAAGUGGAAUUAAGUUUAUUUUGAUGUUUACAAUUCUUAAGCCCCUUUGCACUAAUAUAAACACUGACACAUAAUAUACUCACAUUCAUAACAACUUUAUUGUCCACUUUUUGCAUGAAAUAGGAAAACAUUUCUCUUGCAUGUGCAGAAAUCUGCUCUUUAAAAUGAUGCAAUAAAACACAUCACAUCCAGACAGGACAGGAUGCACAGAAUGUGUAUUUAUAUAUACAUUUAUACUCUUACCAACAUAUAUAUUGUUUCUCUUUUGUGUUGUUGCUAGACAUUUAUUUACUGCAAUGAAAUCAUGAAUUAAAUCACUAAUGAACAGCA